AUGGCGAAAUUGAUAAAUAUAGCCAUUUUAUCAUUAUUAUUUUUGUUAUCGUUGGUAUCAACAGCUAAAGCUCAUGAGGGUGCAAUUGUUGAUAUAAGUAAAUUUGGUGGAAAGAACGGUGGCUGUAUCACUGAGGCUCUGACUAAGGCAUGGAACGAAGCGUGUCAAUCACCUGCUCCAAGCAGAGUGUUGAUUCCACCAGGAACAUACACAGCAGGAAAAGUGCUUCUCGAAGGUCCGUGCAAAGCUUCUGUUGAGGUUGAAUUUAAAGGCACCUUAAAGCCCACAGAAGAUCAAAUCACAGAUGAUUCUUGGAUUCAGUUUAAUAAAAUCACAGGGUUUAAACUAUUUGGUGGUGGAACUUUUGAUGGCGAAGGAGCCAAAGUUUGGGAAAAAUGUAAAGGUGGUGCCUUGGAGAAGCUUCCCAUGAGUGUCAAGUUCAACUACAUUACCGACGGGACUAUCGAAGAUAUAUGUUCGAUAAACGCUAAACAAUUUCAUAUGGCCGUCGUAGGCUGCAAUAAUGUAGAUCUCAACCGCCUAAGGAUAACUGCGCCAGCCGAUAGCCCAAAUACAGAUGGAAUACACAUUGGACACUCAACUAACAUCAGGGUUUGUGAUUCAACAAUCGGAACAGGUGAUGAUUGUAUCUCCUUUCUUGGUGGAACCAAAAAUGUUUCCAUCACAAAAGUUAACUGUGGGCCUGGUCAUGGUAUCAGCGUUGGAAGUUUAGGAAAAUACCAAGAUGAGGAACCUCUAACUGGAAUCACUAUCAAGGAUUGCAAUUUCACCAAUACUGACAAUGGUGUGAGAAUCAAAAGUUGGCCUGAUCUCUAUGAAAACGCAGCAAGUGAUUUGCAUUUUGAGGAUCUUACUAUGAACAAUGUCACUAAUCCUAUUAUUAUAGAUCAAAACUAUUGCCCCGGAAAAUCAUGUGCUCAGGGUCAUUCAAAAGUUAAGCUGAACAAUGUCUUCUUCAAAAAUAUAAAGGGAACCUCAGCAAAUCCGUGUGCUGUAAAGCUUGCUUGUAGCUCUGGUACAUGUGAAGGUGUGGAGCUUAGUGAGAUUGACCUCUCAUACAGUGGACAAGAUGGACAAGUUACAUCAGAGUGUAGUAAUGUUAAACCAAACGUUGUUGGUAAAAUGAACCCGCCCGCAUGUAGGGCCCCAGUUGAGAUCGGCGACAAGGGUGGAGGUGAAAAAAAGGAGAAAAAUGAUUCUGGAAGUAAGGAACUAUGA